AAAACCCCAAAAACAAAAAACAACCCGCCACGCUUCGCAUCUUCCCCAACUAUAAAACUAAAACCAAAUCCCCAAAACCAAAAAAGAAAAAGAAAAAGAAAAAAAAAACAAAACAUUCAAACAAUGGAGCCCUUUCCAUCAUCAGUAAUAGCCCAAAAAACAUGGGAGCUAGAGAACAACAUAAUCACCGUAGACCCUCCUUCAUCAUCAUCAACGACACCAGCAGCACCAACAACAACAGCAACAACAACGACGAGUCCGGACCCAGCGUCCGACGCAAUAUUCUAUUACGACGAAUCGGCGCAGGCCAAGUUCCAGCAAGAGAAACCCUGGGCCAAUGACCCUCACUACUUCAAGCGCGUCAAGAUCUCCGCACUCGCGCUGCUCAAGAUGGUGGUCCACGCGCGCUCCGGCGGUACCAUCGAGGUCAUGGGCCUCAUGCAAGGAAAAACCGACGGCGAUGCGAUAAUCGUGAUGGACGCUUUUGCUUUGCCCGUGGAAGGGACGGAGACUAGGGUUAAUGCUCAGGCUGAUGCGUAUGAGUAUAUGGUUGAUUAUUCUCAGACUAACAAGCAGGCUGGACGGUUGGAGAACGUUGUUGGCUGGUACCAUUCCCAUCCUGGCUAUGGAUGCUGGCUUUCAGGUAUUGAUGUUUCAACACAAAUGCUAAACCAGCAAUUUCAGGAGCCUUUUUUGGCAGUUGUUAUUGAUCCAACAAGGACUGUCUCUGCUGGAAAAGUUGAGAUUGGGGCAUUCAGGACAUACCCAGAGGGAUAUAAGCCUCCAGAUGAGCCUGUCUCUGAGUAUCAGACCAUCCCUUUGAAUAAGAUUGAAGACUUUGGUGUACACUGUAAACAGUACUAUUCUUUGGAUAUCACUUACUUUAAGUCUUCUCUUGAUUGCCACCUCCUGGAUCUGCUAUGGAACAAGUAUUGGGUGAAUACCCUUUCAUCUUCACCUUUAUUGGGUAAUGGAGACUAUGUUGCAGGACAAAUCUCUGAUCUAGCUGAAAAGCUGGAGCAGGCAGAGAACCAGCUAUCUCACUCCCGCUUUGGGCCACUGAUAGCACCCCCUACGAGAAAGAAAGAGGAAGAGUCUCAGCUUGCUAAGAUUACUCGAGACAGUGCUAAGAUAACUGUGGAGCAGGUUCAUGGUCUAAUGUCACAGGUUAUCAAGGAUAUCCUUUUCAACUCGGUGAGACAAUCGAACAGGUCUAGCUCAGAGCCAUCUGGCCCUGAACCAAUGAUUGAAACCUGAUUUUGGCAUACUAGUAGUGAGGCAAAUCGUGAGCGUAUUACCUUCCCGAUGCUUCAUUUUCUUGAAGAUUGGUUUAAAUUUAGUUCAACGGGAAAAAUCAAGUUAAAAGUUCUGGAAGUUUUAUUACCUUUUGUGCCAAUGUAUAUUAUUUGCACCUUUUUUUCCUUUUACAUUCAGGUUGUUUAUUUAGUAUUUAUACAACAUUUUGGUACCCCAUGACAAGCAAUCACAAUUAAUGACUUUUUAAUAA